AUGGCAGAGCAGGGUGCCUCCUUCAAUGACCUGUGUAAGAGCCGGCAGAGCCCUCUAAGGACAGAGCUGACGUCUGAUAAGGACAUGUACCUCGACAACAGCUCCAUUGAAGACGCUUCAGGAGUGUAUCCUAUUGAUGACAAUGACUAUGCUUCUGCAUCGGGCUCAGGAGCCAAUGAGGAUGUGGAGAGUCCUGAGCUGACGACAUCUCGGCCACUUACGAAGAUCCUAUUCACUAGUACUGCUCCAAAAGUAGAAACCACCAUGCUGAAGAUGCAGAACAAGCUACCUGCUCAGACAAAGUCACCUGAAGAAAAUAAGGACAAAGAUCACCACUCUGACUCAGAAAGAAAAAUGGACCCAGCUGAAGAGGUUACAAAUGUAUAUACUGAGAAGCCCCCAGACAGUCUGUUUAAAAGGACGGAAGUCCUGGCAGCUGUCAUUGCUGGUGGAGUGAUAGGCUUUCUCUUUGCCAUUUUCCUUAUCCUGCUGCUGGUGUACCGCAUGAGAAAGAAGGAUGAAGGAAGUUAUGACCUUGGAGAGCACAAACCACCCAGUGUUGCUUAUCAGAAAGCACCUACUGAGGAGCUUUAUGCGUGA